AUUGCAACGCUAAAGUUGUUAAUUGUGUUAAACCAAUAAAACGUACUCGCACUCGUAGAUAUACGAAAUUCGCAAUUCGCAACUUGCAAUCUGCGAUAUCCGGUAUUAAAAGUGCAAAAGUUUCUGGUGCAACGAAAGGCGAAUCAAUAAAAUAACUUUAAUGGCGCAAUUUGUGGUCAUCUGGAGUAUAUUCCUGUGCGUUUCCUGCCUGUCGCUGAGCAAUGGCCAUGGCUAUGAGGUGGUGGCACAACAAGCCACUAAUGUGCCGGUGGUUAACAACAACAAUGUACUAGCAAGCGUGGGUGCGAGUGAAGGCGUUAAUGCUGGCAUGGAUGUGGGUAUGGCCGGGGGUGUAGGAGUGGAAGGAGUUGGCGGCAUAGACGAACAUGUUGUCGCACCUGUGGUGGACUCUGUUAAGCACGACGCACGCAUUUACCAUCCUGCAGCUGUAACCAAGCCGAGAAUCAUCGAACAAUAUGAUCAACGCUCAUUGGAUGGUCACUAUGAGUACAGAUAUGUACUCAGCAAUGGUGAUGCCCGAUAUGAGCGCGCCUAUUGGAUUCCUAAUGGUAAAAAUAUGGUACUUGCACGCAAGGGUUACUACUCUUACCCAAUGACAAACGAUAAAUACCUAACCGUCUUCUAUACAGCCGAUCAAAAUGGUUUCCGUCAGGAUUCAGCUACGUACAGCCGAUCUCAGCCGACGCUGCCACGCAACAUCGUAGUACCCGAAUAUGUCCCAUCAUCAUAUGUGCAUGUAGCGCCUGCGCCAGUAACGCAACGGCCUUCCAAUGCUCAUAUUUAUAUCUCGAGCACAACAAGAAGACCUCACCAACAUCCAACUGGUAAUCCAUUCAUUCAACUGUACCCAUCAUCAGCAGCUCAAGGCCCGGCACAUCACUUAAACGUCGGGAAACCAUCGCAAGGCCACCACUCACAUGUUCAACAUCCAUCCGUUCAUCAUCCUUCGGGAGUAGAUUCCCCAGUUGGCGGCCAACAUCCGUCGGGAUCGCACUCAUCAUCACUAAAUCACCAUGCAUCGGGUGUUCACACAUCGUCAGGAAUGCAUUCAACAUCUGGAGUUCACCACACGACAGUGGGGCAUCCAAGUGGAGUAUAUCCAUCAGUUCCAAGUCAAUCGUGGCACUCAUCAGGCGUUUAUAACUACGCGAAUGUUCCCUCAUCCGGCGCUCAUACGUCAUCAUCGAUGCACGGAGUCCCAUCGUCAUCUGGCGCAGUGCACUCUCCAUCUGAUAUUCAGAGCUCAUCGGGUGUUCACUCCCAAGCCGGAAUCCAUUCAUCAUCCGCAGUUCACUCUCCAUCUGUGGUAAAUCCUCAUCAACAAUCGGGAGUUUCUUCGCCUUCAUCUAAUGUUGACUCUUCGUCAGGAAUGCACUCGCAAGCAGGAAUCCACUCAUCCUCCGCAGUUCACUCGCCAUCGGAAGCGCACUCAUCAUCCGUUCAUCACUCCAGUGUACACCCAUCUGCACAACCACAUCCCGCUCAUCAACACCAGUCAUCAGCCCAUGCUUCCUCAGCUCACUCCUCCCCAGCAGCAGCACACGCGCCUGCUAAUACCCCUUCGGUACCAGUUCAAUCUUGGCACUAUAACUUUUAAAAUGCUCGAUUAUAGCCAUUUAAAAUGAUGGAGUCAUAAAACAGAUUUGGUUACGGUUUACGAUACGACAAAAUUUCAAAUGCUUUUAAUAAUGGAAAUAAAGAAAUGCCUUUUCGAUUCAAUGCUUGUUUGGUUAUAA